UAUUAAUGCUCCAGAGACAGAUGUGAGCGGUGAUGAACAGUAUAAGGAGGACAUUCCUACUAGGAAAGAUCUGAACAAUAUUAAUGCUACAGAUAUGAAGGAAGAAGAAGAGACAGAUGUGAGCAGUGAUGAGCAGUAUAAGGAUGACAAUCCUACAGAGAAAGAUCUUAUCUAUAUUAAUGCUACAGACAUAAAGGAAGAAGAAGAGACAGAUGUGAGCAGUGAUGAGCAGUAUAAGGAGGACAUUCCAACAGGAAAAGAUUUGAGCAAUAUUAAUGCUACAGAUGUGAAGGAAGAAGAAGAGACAGAUGUGAGCAGUGAUGAGCAGUAUAAGGAGGACAUUCCAACAGGAAAAGAUCUGAACAAUAUUAAUGCUACAGAUAUGAAGGAAGAAGAAGAGACAGAUGUAAGCGGUGAUGAGCAUUAUAAUGAGGACAUUCCUACAGGGAAAGAUCUGAUCUAUAUUAAUUCUACAGACAUAAAGGAAGAAGAAGAGACAGAUGUGAACGGUGAUGAGCAGUAUAAGGAGGACAUUCCUACAGAGAAAGAUUUGAUCCAUAUUAAUGCUACAGACAUAAAGGAAGAAGAAGAGACAGAUGUGAGCAGUGAUGAGCAGUAUAAGGAGGACAUUCCUACAGGUAACCACCCAGAUUCUUGUACCAGGAGAUCAGAGGAGAAUCUUAUAUCUUCAGAUUAUAAAGCAGAUGAUGAUAUCACACAAGAUACAUAUGAAGAACAUUCCAUUAUCCCAGAUACACCCUCAGCCCUUCACAGCCAAGAUCUCUCAUCUCAUCCUUAUAUACAGGUCCUGUCUUCUCAUUCAUCACAGGAUGUUCAGCUAAAUAAAGGUCACAGAAGGGGUGUUGGACAUCAAAAAGCUCAUACAGGAAAGAAACCAUAUUCAUGCUCAGAAUGUGGGAAAUGUUUUACUCACAAAUCACAUCUUGUUCGACAUCAAAGAACUCACACAGGAGAGAAGCCAUUUUCAUGUUCAGAAUGUGCGAAAUGUUUUACUCAGAAAUCAAGUUUUGUUGUACAUAAAAAAACUCACACAGAGGAGAAGCCAUUUUGCUGUGCAGAGUGUGGGAAAUGUUUUAUUGUGAAAUCACAACUUGUUCAACAUCAAAGAACUCACACAGGGGAGAAGCCGUUUUCAUGUUCAGAAUGUGGAAAAUAUUUUUCUCAGAGAUCAAAUCUUGUUAAACAUAAAAGAAUUCACACAGGGAAGAUACCGUUUUCAUGUUCGGAAUGUGGGAAAUGUUUUGCUCAGAAAUCAGAUCUUGUUAGACAUCAAAGAACUCACACAGGGAAGAAGCCAUUUUCAUGUUCAGAAUGUGUGAAAUGGUUUGCUCAGAAAUCAGAUCUUGUUAGACAUCAAAUAACUCACACAGGAGAGAAGCCAUUUUCAUGUUCAGAAUGUGGGAAAUGGUUUUCUCAGAAAUCAGAUCUUGUUAGACAUCAUAGAACUCACACAGGUGAGAAGCCAUUUUCAUGCUCAGAAUGUGGAAAAUGUUUUACUGAGAAAUCAAGUCUUGUUAAACAUAAACGAACUCACACAGGGGAGAAACCAUAUUCAUGUUCAGAAUGUAGGAAAUGUUUUUCUAACAAAUCAAGUUUUGUUGUACAUAAAAAAACUCACAUGGAGGAGAAGCCAUUUUGCUGUGCAGAGUGCGGGAAAUGUUUUAGUGUGAAAUCACAACUUGUUCAACAUCAAAGAACUCACACAGGGGAGAAGCCAUUUUCAUGCGCAGAAUGUGGGAGAUGUUUUAUUAAGAAAUCACAUCUUGUUCAACAUCAAAGAACUCACACAGGACAGAAGCCAUUUUCAUGUGCAGAAUGUGGGAAAUGCUUUACUCAGAAAUCACAUCUUGUUAAACAUAAAAGAACUCACACAGGAGAGAAGCCAUUUUCAUGUUCAAAAUGUGGGAAAUGUUUUAAUUGGAAAUCAGGUCUUCUUCAGCAUCAAAGAACUCACACAGGGGAGAAGUCAGUGAAGAAGUCCUCUAGUGGGCGCUGUCGGGCCCCUGUGUGUGAAGGAUGGGGAAGAACCCUGAGCCCAAUCCCGGGGCCCCCACCUCACUCCCUGAUACAUGAGGAAAUGGAUGAACAGAAGAUCAGAGAACUCAUCAACAAGAUGAUGGAGCUGCUGACUGGAGAGGUUCCUAUAAGGUGUCAGGACGUGGCGGUCUAUUUCUCCAUGGAGGAGUGGGAGUAUGUAGAAGGACACAAGGAUCAGUACAAGGAUCAGGUGAUGAUGGAGGAUCAGCAGCCCCUCCCAUCACCAGUCAGAUCCAGUAAGAGAACAGCACCAGAGAGGUGUCCCCGUCCUCUUCUUCCACAGGAUGAUCAGGAAGAAGAGACAGAUGUGGGCAGUUAUGAGCAGUAUAAGAAGGACAUUCCUACAGGAAAAGAUUUAAUUUAUAAUAAUACUACAGAUGUAAAGGAAGAAGAGGAGACAGAUGUGAGCGGUGAUGAGCAGUAUAAGGAGGACAUUCCAACAGGGGAAGAUCUGAUCUAUACUAAUGCUCCAGACACAAUAGUAAAAGUAGAAGAAGAGACAGAUGUGAGCGGUAUUGAGCAGUAUGAGGACAUUUCUACAGGUAAUCGCUCAUAUUCUUGUAGCAGGAGAUCAGAGGAGAAUCUUAUAUCUUCAGAUUAUAAAGCAGAUGAUGAUAUCACACAAGAUACAUAUGAAGAACAUUCCAUUAUCCCAGAUACACCCUCAGCCCUUCACAGCCAAGAUCUCUCAUCUCAUCCUUAUAUACAGGUCCUGUCUUCUCAGUCAUCACAGGAUGUUCAGCAAAAUAAGGAGAUCUUAUUAUCAUGUUUUACUCAGAAAACAGAUGUUGUCCAACAUCAGAGAAGUCACACAGGGGAGAAGCCAGUUUCAUGUUCAGAAUGUGGAAAAUGUUUUACUCGGAAAUCCUAUCUUACUGAACAUGCAAGAAUUCAUACUGGAGAGAAGCCAUUUUCAUGUUCAGAAUGUGGGAAAUGUUUUACUCGGAAAUCAUAUCUUACUGAACAUGGAAGAUUUCAUACCGGAGAGAAGUUAUUUUCAUGUUCACAAUGUGAAAAGUGUUUUACUCAGAACUCAGAUCUUGUUAGACAUCAAAGAACUCACACAGGGGAGAAGCCAUUUUCAUGUUCAGACUGUGGGAAAUGUUUUACUCACAAAUCAAAUCUUGUAAAACAUCAAAAAAACUCACUCAGCACUGAAGCGAUUUCCAUGUUCUGA